AUGGGAGCCAUUUUGCUGGCAUGGUCGGUUCAACCUGCGGAAGAGGACGGAAGCAAGUACUCGGUACAGGAGGAUGAGUCCUUUCCUUGCGAGGCGGCAGUUUGUGGCGACGAUAAAGAGGUCAUAGCACCUCUGCCGAACGGGAAUGGCAGCGCGAAUGGGGUUCAACAUGGUGACUCUUCAAGAGCAUUGAUGGGGUCGUACAGGAAAGGAAGCAACGGUGACGACGAUUCCGACGAAGCGUCGGAGGCCGCAUCUUUCAAGCGGAGCCAGCGGCUGUCCAUGAAGUGA